AAUCCAUAGAGUACAGUAGACCAUAAAGCCCCUCCUCUUAUCUCCAUGUUUUAUACGGAUAAACGAUAGAAAGCUUCCCUUUCCAGAAAACACAGAUAGAGUGACAGAGUCCCAACAAUGGCUACUUGUACUUCUUCUACACCCUCAUCCCUCAUGCCAACGUACGCUUCCUCCUCUGUGUGCCCGUCUGACCUCACCCCCUCAUUCCUUUCCUUCAAGCUCAAACCACUCCUUAGAGUUAGAGCUUUGGCUUUAUAUCCAUUGGGUUUGAGGCCUGGAGAGAGAAAAGUAAGCAAAUGGGUUGAUGGGAAUUUGCAGAGAGAAGCUAAGCCUGUGAAGGACCUUGUGGUUGUGGCUGCUGUAGCUGCUGAAGCAGAGGUUGUUGAGGCUGUGGAAGAGCAAGAAGGAGGGGAAGGAGCUACUGGGUCUGUCACUGUUACUGCCCCAAAGCCUAAGAAAGGGAAAGCUGCAUUGCCUCUAAAGAGAGAUAGGGUUUUCUUUACAGAUGUGGGAUUUCAAUUUCCCGAACUUUACUGUUACAGAAGGAGAUCAAAAAGAUUCUUGGAAAUUCAAAAAUUGAGGGAAAACAAAAAGGAGUAUGAUCUGACGACUGCAAUAAGUUUGAUGAAACAAACAGCCAAAACAAAAUUUGUAGAAACAGCUGAAGCCCAUUUCCGCCUUAACAUUGAUCCAAAGUAUAAUGAUCAACAGCUGAGGGCAACAGUAAAUCUGCCCAAGGGAACCGGACAGACUGUUAAAGUAGCUGUUCUUACUCAAGGUGAAAAGUUCGAUGAAGCAAAGAAUGCAGGAGCAGAUAUAGUUGGUGGAGAGGAUCUGAUAGAGCAGAUUAAAGGAGGAUUCAUGGAAUUUGACAAGCUGAUUGCAUCUCCGGAUAUGAUGCCCAAGGUUGCUAGCUUAGGAAAGAUUCUAGGACCACGAGGGCUCAUGCCAAAUCCAAAAGCUGGAACAGUGACGCCUAAUAUACCUCAGGCUAUAGCAGAAUUCAAGCAGGGAAAAGUAGAAUACAGAGCAGAUAAAACCGGGAUAGUUCACUUACCUUUUGGAAAAGUUGACUUUUCUGAUGAGGAUCUUCUUGUAAACUUGCUUGCUGCAGUAAAAUCAAUAGAAACAAACAAGCCAUCAGGAGCGAAAGGCGUGUACUGGAAAAGCGCACAUAUUUGCUCAUCAAUGGGGCCUUCAAUUCGGUUAAAUAUAAGAGAGAUGCUUGAUUACAAGAUUUCAUCAAGUGCUUGAAGAAUACUAAACCUGUAAAUUUUAUCUUCAAAUUGUUUAUUCAGCCCUCGUAGGUGCAGCUUAUCAGAUCUUGCUAAAUAUUUAGCAAAGAUGGUAGAAAGGAGAGUUAACUAGGAUGACAAGGGAAGAGCUUGAUACUGUAUCUUGGUUGGAAACUGUCACAAGAAGAUUUCUUUUACAUUGAGUGCGAAAAGAUCUUUGUAUUACUUUUGUUAUGAUCAAUACCAUCAAUCUUAUAUUCA